AUGGGCUUAGCUCACCAGUCUGCCGACACACUUGCUGGUGGAUAUCCUCCGCAGCAACGGCUUCUUCUCCGUUUCAUUGUCACUGUCCGUGCUGUCUUCGAAGGAGGUUUUGAAGUCACUCGCGUUAGCUGCGGCUACGGACAUCGCGCCAAAAGCGCUCGAACCGCGCACGACACAUUCAACGCGACUACAUCAUACUAA